CCUGUAGGAGGAUCACAAAUUUGUUACAUAGAAAAUGCUGAUCGAUAUUACUAUCUCAAUCUUACGGUUAGUACUCCUCAGGACCCACAAGCACUCGACACUUUGGUAUUUAGUGAUGACAAUGGCCACCAUGCAGAACUUAUAGGAGAUCCUUUAUGGGCUACUGACGUAACGUGUGGGAGAGAAGUGAAUGAUG